ACUACGAAGCAGAGAUGCGCGUCUGCUUCGGCGUCCCCGUCGGCCAUUUAAUUCAUUCUCAUUUUGGCGUCUUUGUGACAGGUCGCAGUAGACCGCUUUCUAAUAAAAAAAUUAAUAAAAAUAACUUUAAUUGUGCCUUUUUCCUGGUCGAGAUGAGCCGUGGGACCAUGAGGGGACGUCGGCGUAUCUCCGAGAAGAUAUUGUUGGGUCCACGUCGACUGGACUAUGAGGAGGAGGUAGAUUGUUUGGUGACAUCUCGCCAUUUGCUCACACGAGGACGUUUCCCAUAUCAGGCUUCCUUGUUUUCUGAGAGCGAUUUGGAGGAAAUUCGCCGCUCCAUCGGCCAGGCUGUACCUAUCCGACUAUCACCAGAGGAGGAAAUCUUCCUACCAAGAGUAGAAAGCCCUGAACCAGCAUUACCUAAAGAUUGGGCCUUAAGGCCUCAAUCCCCAACUCACUCUUCGCCUGAGGCUGGCCCUUCGACUUCCGGCCCCAGGCCUGGUUAUUCUAAACCCCUUAACCGUAAUCCAACUUACCCCAGGAUUAAUAAGCCGAAAUAUUGGGGAGUGGAUAAGGCUCGUCGGGGCAUUUGUGGUAAAUGCCACCAGCCAGGUCAUGGUUACCUUCCAUGUCCACGUCUCUCUGAACAGAGACCAACGACAAAUUACCCGAACCAUUCGGCAAAUUAA